AUGGCUUGUGGGUUGCAAAAUUACGAGGACGGAGACGUGCCCGCGGCAGAACUCGAGUUCCAAACGAAGUGGAACAGGUUUUCAGACUGGCUGCAUUGUAUUUGUGUGGUGACAUUUGAUUUAGAGUUGGGGCAGGCUAUGGAAAGUGUAUAUCCUCCUGGCGUGAAACUGUCUGAUCAAGAAAAGUGUAAUAUUUGUUAUUUAGCAUUCCCAGAUUCUAAUUCUGGAUGUAUGGGGGACACUCAAUUCCAUGUAAAGCUACGCUCGAGGACUGGACUCACGCGGCAACAACUCUUGUACAACGAGGACAGUGUACCGACACUGCGUGCCGAUUCAACGCACUACUGGGGCUUCGUGUACUUCCGACAGGUCAAGGACCCAUCACUACCACGAGGCUACUUCCAGAAAAGCAUAAUUCUACUUACAAGAUUACCUUUUAUCAACCUAUUCUAUAAAGUUAUUCAGUUGAUAGCUCCUAAACACUUUGAGGAAGGAGAAAGGAGUUUAGAAGCCGCCUGCCAUGAUAUUAACAGAUGGCCUGUACUAGAUGCUGGUCAGAAUGUUUUAUUACCUGUACUUGGUGCAGUUUUUCAAUCAUACAUUCCUAAUCAACAAACUGGAAAGAUUACUCGGUCAGACAUAGCAAAACAAGUGCAUUCUCCUAAUGUUCCUCACAUUUUAGCUUCUAUACAAGAUGUUAAUGUAUUUGAUGUCUUAUCUAGUGUAAUUUCACAUUUACAUCUGUUAUGGGAACUUGUUCUCACAGCAGAGCCUGUUGUUGUAAUGGCUAGCUCGCCAACAGAAUGCUCAGCCUUAGUACAGGCACUGACCUAUUUGAUACAACCUCUGCCUUAUUCUGCUGAAUAUCGACCCUAUUUCACAAUACAUGACAGUGAAUUCAAAGAGUUCACACGGAAACAAUAUAAGCCACCUUGUGUGAUACUGGGUGUGACCAAUCCAUUCUUUACUAAAACAUUGCAACACUGGCCACAUACUAUUAAAUUGGGUGAUGCCAGUUCUAUAAAAUCAAAACUAAGGAAAGUUGGUAAUAUUAAGCUUUUAGAUACCGCACCUGGAGUGUACACUCAAUACAAGACAUUCUUGGAAAAAGACAAAUCAAUUAUAAAAAAAUUACAUAAUGGUAUUAGAACUGAUAGGCCAUCUGAAGUUCAAACUGCAAUGGUUAAGCGUCACUUACUUGAAUUGACACAAAGUUUUAUGAUUCCUUUAGAGAGGUAUAUGGCUUCUUUAAUGCCUCUACAAAAGAAUAUCUCACCAUACAGAUCACCUCCAGUCCCAAACCCGUUUAAUCCUGAGGACUUCUUUGCCACUUUGCUACAAUCUGGACCUCAACUGACCUCAGGGAUUAAAGGCGACUGGAAUGGAUUAUAUCGAGCAUUCUUUAAGACGCCUAAUUUUAGUGCAUGGUUCCAUGAGAGACAUAGAAACUUGACCAAUAAGCUCCACGCAUUACAACUUGAAGCUUUAGCCGGAAGUGAUUUGAAGAAGUGGUCUGUAGGUAAAAAGGAGGUGGAAAUUGUGGAUAUGGUUUUAAAACUAAGAGAAGUUUUGAAGAGCAACCCUCCAGUGCCUGAUAAUACAAGGACGUUAUUGGCGCGACGUUUAGAUGAUCUGAACUGUAUUUUACCAGAGGAUAUGAAGUCUAUUUUGAAUGUAGGUACGUGA